AUGUCGAUGUCUGGCGCAGGCCCCUCGCAACCGGCGAACAUAGAAAACAGCAGCGGAAUCAUGCUAAUUGAUCCGCAUAAUCCGCACGCUCCACCCGAGGAGCCGCACAACAUCACGGAGCAGGAAGUGGGCGAGUAUCGAGAACAGGACAGGUACCUUCCGGUGCGUAUUCAGCAGGCCCCACUCCGUAUUCUCCCGCUCUCAACCCCGUGGUCUGUUCAGAUCGCUAAUGUUGCCCGAAUCAUGAAAGCCGCCAUACCGGAAAACGCCAAAAUUGCAAAGGAUGCAAAGGAAUGCCUCCAAGAUGAAGCCGCCGAAAAAUGUUUCAUGGAGAAACGGAAGACUAUCGGCGGAGAGGAUAUUCUCUAUGCCAUGACCAGCCUAGGCUUUGACGAUUACGAGGCCACCCUCAAGAUCUAUCUCGCCAAGUUGAGGCAGCACCAAGCCGCUGCUGCUCAAGGCGUUCAUCCCCCGGAUGAAGACCAUCACUCACACGAUGACGAAGAGUCGACCCGCCAAGUUGAGCGACCACCACUACGCCCUGCUAUGAACACCUCCAGAGCAUUUCCCAAGGUUUUAAGGCCUCUCUCCCUGGCUCAAUGCCGACGGAUGGCCACACAAGCACCGGGCCCUAGCGGAGUUGGAUUUGCCCUCUCUGAAGAACAGGCAGGAAUACAAGACCUGGCCAGGAAAUUUACACGAGAGAACAUUGUGCCUGUCGCAGCCCAGUACGAUCGAUCCAUGCAAUACCCUUGGCCGAUUAUCAAGAAAGCCCAUGGUGUUGGCUUGCUCAAUACACAUAUUCCCGAGGAGUAUGGGGGCCCUGGUCUGGGAUUGGUGGAGUGCGCGUUAAUUUCCGAAGAACUCGCUUAUGGAUGCACGGGGAUACAAACUGCGAUCGAAGCAAACGGACUGGCACAGGCUCCUCUCAUUGUCGCUGCGAGCGAAGAAAUCAAGAAAAAAUACCUCGGGCGAAUGACCGAGGCUCCGUUGGUAGCAGCGUAUGGUGUGACCGAGCCCGGGGCCGGUUCCGAUGUCGCCAAUAUCAGCACCAAAGCAGUCAAAAAAGGGGACAAGUGGAUCUUGAACGGAACGAAGAUGUGGAUCACGAAUGCAGGCCAUGCAAAUUGGUUUUUCGUCUUGGCGCGUACAGAUGGCUCGCAGCCGGCCUCGCGCGGAAUGACAGGAUUUGUGCGUUGCUCCGAUACAAGGAUGGUGACAUUCGAGGACGUCGAGGUACCAGAGGAGAACGUUAUUGGGGCUCCUGGAGAGGGAUUCAAAAUUGCUAUGAAGGCCUUUGAUAUCACUCGUCCUUUGGUUGCUUCUGCAGCAGUUGGGCUGGCUCAACGAGCCUUGGAAGAGGCAACACAAUACGCCCAAACCCGCAAGACGAUGGGUGUGCCGAUCAUUCAACACCAGGCGGUGGCCUUUAUGUUGGCUGAUAUGGCGAUCCAGACAGAGGCGGCGCGUGCGCUUGUGUGGAAGGCAGCUUGGAGUAAAGAUGCGGGUCAUCGCAAUACAUUGUAUGCGUCGAUGGCAAAAACGUUAGCAUCUCGAACAGCCGUUGAGAACGCCAAUCUUGCCGUUCAAGUGUUUGGUGGGGCAGGUUUCAAUACCGAAUACCCCGUCGAAAAGUUGUUCAGAGACAGCAAAAUUUUCGAGCUUUAUGAAGGUAGUACGACCCAGUCUACAUUCACAGGAUCAACUGACCUUUGA